AUGGCAGCGCCCGGAGCAGGAGACCCUGUAAAUGCUAAGAGUGGAAAGGGCCCAGUGGCUCAGCGCAUCGACCCAACUUGGGAAAAAUUGACUCCCGCGCAGCUACAAUUCAUGCACCAGGUGUGUCUCACCCAGUGGCAGAAGACGCUGUCACAGCAGUGGACCCGGGACAUCGUGACAGGCCUGGGUAUCGGGGCCCUAUUGCUUGUUAUUUAUGGCUACACCUUCUACUCAGUGUCACAGGAAUGUGUCCUAGAUGAACUAGAGGACGAGGCCAAAGCUGCUAGAGCCAGAGCCAUGGCAAGAGCAUCGAGCUCCUGA